AUGCAACCCGGAAUAGUCCUAGGUGCCAAACACUUAGCCAAGAAAGAAUUUUUUCGGCUACCUGAUCCUUUCGCUCGUAUAGCUGUUGAUGGUAGUGGCCAAUGCCAUUCCACGGAUAUCAUAAAGCACACUUUAGAUCCCAAAUGGAAUCAAAAUUAUGACUUGAGCAUCAGUAAGCAUGAUUCAAUUACGAUAACCGUUUGGAAUCAUCGUAAAAUUCAUAAACGACAAGGUGCUGGCUUUCUCGGCUGUGUCAAAAUUGUUGCCAAUGCUAUCAAUCAAUUGAAGGAUACUGGAUAUCAACGACUGGCUCUUGGGAAAAGCAAUCAGCGUGAUGAUUGUACGGUAAAAGGAGAGAUCGUUGUAUCUUUAAGAUCCCGAGAUCGAGUAUUAUCAUCGCCAGGAAUUCCACAAUACUCUAUUCAAAAUUCAAAUCUUUUCCGCGGCCGAUCUUCUGCAAAUCCCAAUAAGCAUUAUUCUGGAACGAGUUCCCCUUCAAAUCAACAUGCACCUUAUAAUGGAAAUUGUGCUGUUUCGAAUACAAUACCUAAUAGUAAUCAUUCCUCCCGAGGUUUGCAAAAGCCUGGAGAAGAAAAUGCCAUCAGAUUAAGCGUCCAGCAAGUGCCGACAUCCGAAAGAUACGAUUUACGAAAUAGACACCAAGACCGAAAUCAGAUUCAUCAACCAACUAUAGCAGAUUCUUUGCUAAGAACUGGACCCUUAAGAAAUUCUCACGAUUUAGCAGGCAAUUUAGGUGAAUUACCCCCUGGAUGGGAAAUGAGGCAUAAUCCCAAUGGUAGAAUUUAUUUUAUUGAUCAUAAUACGAGAAGAACUCAAGCUAUCGAUCCAAGGAUAGCAAUAAAAUCUGAUCAAACAGAAGAACGCGGGUCGCUACAUCCUAAAAUUGACUUAGUACAAAAGUGGAGAAACUUAAAGUCAGACCUAUCGACACUGCAACCUCAAGUUGGAUUCACAAAAAUUGAAGUUACACGGAGUGAUGUAUUCGAGGCAUCAUAUAAUCAAAUUAUGAAAAUGAGACCAAAAGACCUUAAGAAAAGAUUGACUGUCAAAUUCAAGGGAGAAGAAGGAUUAGAUUAUGGUGGUGUUGCUAGAGAAUGGUUACAUCUACUUUCACAUGAAAUGUUAAACCCUAGCUAUGGUCUAUUUACCUUUUCUGAUGAUGAUAUGUGUUGUUUACAAAUUAACCAAGACUCAUCCAUAAAUACGAAUCAUCUUUCGUAUUUCCAUUUUGUUGGUCGAGUAAUGGGCAUGGGAGUAUUUCACGGCCAUCAUAUUGAUGGUACUUUUCCAACACCAUUUUAUAAGCAACUUCUUAAUAAAGCUUGUACAAUAGAAGAUUUGGAAUCCGUUGAUCCAGGCUUUUACCGCAGUCUUUGUUGGUUAUUAAAUAAUGAUAUCACAGAUGACUUGGAACAAAAUUUUUGUGUUGAACAUCAAUCUUUUGGAGAGAUUGUUGAAUAUGAUCUGAAACCGAAUGGUUCGGCAAUUCGUGUGACAAACGAUAAUAAAUAUGAAUAUGCCGAGCUACUGGUUAAUUGGAAAUUAACACAUGGGAUCGAUGAGCAGUUACAAGCUCUAAAGAAAGGUUUUUAUGAAAUUGUACCUACAUACCUUCUUAAGAACUUUCAUGAAAAGGAAUUAGAGUUAAUUAUUGGAGGAUUAAAGAAAAUAGAUAUUCAGGAUUGGAAAGCUAAUACUCGCUUGAAGCAUUGCACUCCUAGUACGGACGUUGUCAAAUGGUUUUGGCAAAUUGUGGAUUCUUACUGCGAAGAGGAACGUAUGAGACUUCUACAAUUUGUAACCGGUUCUAGUAGGGUACCAUUGCAAGGAUUUGAAGCUUUACAAGGUUCGCUUAGAGAUGCUACUGGAUCAAGGUUAUUCACGAUUAAUGUUGUCGAUAUCAAUACGGAUUGUUUACCGAAAGCACAUACCUGCUUCAAUCGUUUGGACUUUCCACCUUAUGAAAAUUAUGACAAGAUGUUGCAAAAAUUAACUUGUGCCAUUGAAGAAACGUGUGGAUUUGCGGUUGAAUAG